AAUAUCAAGUAUUUUAAUGCAUCUCUUCUUUCAGGAACUCCAGGACAAUCAACAAGAAAGAGACCAAAAACUCCGUCCCAUUCAGUUUAGUUCGGCCUGGUUCUUACAUCUCUGAAGUUUAUGUGAAGGUGCAGAGCCCCCUAGAGGCCUCCGGGUGCUACAUGGAGAGGGUUCACUCCAAAGUGCGACGUGCUCAGGAGGGUCUGGUGGACGUGGUGGUGCAGGGUCUGAGUGGUGAAAAACCGGUGGCGAUGGUGGAGAGCGAAGAGAUGCUGCGCGUGGGGAGCAGCCUGACCGGGUUUGGAGAGGUGGUGCUGGAGGGGGGCCAGGCGGUAAGGCUACAGGCCCCGCAGGAUGGACGCGGGUACAUCUUGGUGCCCAGUGACUACAGGAGCUUCAUGGACAGACACGAGGCUUCAGCCAACAUGUGGCAGGCGCUGACAGCUGUGACCGGCCUCACAGGGGCCACACUGCUAGCUGGCAUUGUGUAUAAAUUCUUUGGAAAACAGAGCGACAGAUCAAGAUAGGCUGAACACUGUGGGUUAGAAGCGAUGCCUUUUCGGGUUUGAUCCCCUGCAUCCAGUUACUACUUUGUCAUCAAGCAUACUUGAGACUGUAAACAUGAAGAACUGGGGAAACCUAUUAAAAAACCAAAAUGACAAAACAAUGAACACAUUUCCUACUAAUCCUCCUUUGCUGAAGGUUCUUCUUUUUAGCGAUCUUCACUAAUGCGUCAAUUAAAAGCUUUGGACCUGCUUCAUAACCCAAUCUGUGAUUCCUCAACUUAAAGAAUGCUUCUUAACUCACCAGGUGAUCUAAUGUUUAUUAAUUAAUGACAAACUUUUUUUUUUCUCCUUUGGAUCAGUUUUGGGGACAUUCCUUCUGCAGAUUUUACUGUUUAAGUGUAAACUUAUCAUUACAGUAUUUCUAUAGCAACCGUAUUUUAUCAGUGGAACAUGUUUCCAGUCAUUCUGCUGAGACUGGAUAGAUGUGAUAACAUGAAAUAAUGAAUCUACCUCCUGGGUUGUUUCUGAAGUUUCUCCUUAUUGCAUUCCAGACAUAUAAUGUGAAUCUUUUGCGGUUUUAUUUUUCUCUUUAAUAAAAAGAAAAACCUGGAAGGUCUAUUCAGCCCCCUUUACUCUGAUGCCACUAUAUAAAC